GCGCGAGAUUCAGUGCCAUGGAAGUUGGCGCAAGGGCGGCGAUCAAGGCGACAAAGGUAAUCGAUGGAGGAGAAGCGACGCUUGAGCAUGAGAGCCUGCGCGUUGGUGAGAUCAUCGCCUACUACACUACGUUAUUCGUUGCUGGAGAUCCACGAGGCAAGCGCGAGUCGAAAGUCAUUCGCAUUCGAAGUGAUGUCAAGAACGACUACCCCAUUCAUUUGGAGAGCCAAGACUCGUACGACCUUGUCGUGAAAUUGCCCGAAAGCGAAUGCAGCAUCAUGGUUGAUUCGAUGUAGGAUCUCCAAGCACGAUAUGGUUAAGCGCGUAAAAGAUGCACAAGGCAACACGAUUCACGAUGGCAUGUGGCGAAAAGUCUACACGUACGAGUUGAUGCCAGGCAAGAUUCGUGGUGAACUGGCCAGUGCGGUGCUCAAAGCCGCCAUGAAGAACGUCGUUCGUGAUUCGUUUGCAAAAGUCUACGGAAGCAAAAAUUCCACGUCCAAAAAGAGGCGGCGGGAAGACGGUACUGACGAAGUGAGGUCUCAAUACACACCCAAACGACCUGCCGGAGCUGCCAAGUCCACCAAGCCAAUGUCCAUUUCCAUCAGCAAAUUCUUCUUACGUAAAACCGCUUCUGCUCCAGCCCCUACUCAACAAGAGGAGUCCAAGGCUAGCAAUGCUUCCAUCGCCCAGAAAGGCAACACCACUGCAUCUGCCACGGAGGGUCAGAGGUGCUUUGUUGCAACUUGUGGAACUACUCCUCAAGGAGUCAAGGCACGAGUCACCAGCGACAGUCCGCCGCGACGACAGAACUACAGUAAACGUGAUCUGUCCAAGAGCGGGCAAUUGUCAUUGAAGCCCUGCUCAGAAACGAUGGAAUCGUCGGCCUCGGUUAUGUUACCCCACAACAGGUUAUUCCGCCGCAUGGAGCCAUCUCCAUGUGCCUCAAAUGCUAAAGCAUUUGAACCCCUAUCGACGGACGUGUUAGCUUCACGAGGAAAAAGUGCUCCCCAUGCACCUGGAGCUCGUACUUUGUCUCUGUCCCCCACCAAGGCUAAAGACACAUAUUCAUCACCAUCGCCCCCGACUUCAGCGCCAUCUCGCAACUCCUGUCCAAAUUCUAAUCAACGGAAACCGUUGACACCCACAACCCCUCCCUCUAUCUCGGCACGUGGCUUGAAAGGGUCUACGGGAAAGUCGAAAAUUCACGAAGACACCUUCAUGUCUCCAGCUUCCUCUGCAUGCUCCUCGUCGAAGGCGUCCAAGCACGGGUCUCAUUCCUCAUCGUUCGUGCCUUCAUGUCCCUCGAGCGCAUCAAAAAAAUUGCAGCACUCAAAUGCAAAUGGCACGACUCGAUCAUUGUCUGGUGUACUUGGUACAGCAUCUUUGCGUCGUCGCCGUCCUUCGCCACAAAUCUCAAAAGACAUUGCCACGUCCAUCCCUUCGCCAACUCCUUCGUCUACGACGGAUAUCGCACUCAAGGCGCUCGCAGAGACCGCUGCUUUCUCGGUCAAAUUUAAACGCGUCGACGACAGCUGCGACAAAUAUCAAGUGCAAAACAUCGAUGACUUGUCUACUGGCAAAGCGAGUGGUGGGUGGUCCCAUGCACCUCCACAGAAUCAGAGCCGGGUGACCACAACGCCCCCGUCUGACAACAAAAUGUCUAAGAGGUUGGCAGCGUUCGGCAACCCAGCGCCGCGCGAUGACGAUGAUAUCACGCCACGCAAGAAACUUUGGCGCCAGGAACUCCGGACGUUCCGUGAAAAGCCCAACCCCUCCCGACGGCCCAUGUCGUCUACAACACCGACGCCGACCCUACAACAAACCCCGAUGGACGCAUGGCUCAUCCCUAGGAAGCGCAAGCCUGCAACUUCAUCAACAUCACAUCGUGAGAAUCCGAGCAUGAAGCAAUUGUAACUCGUUAGAGUAACUAAUCCGACGACCCCAGCCGGAACAACAACAGCUUGGUCUCACGGUUCGCUGCCUUGACUGUAUUCGCUUGGGUCUUCAUGGCCACCAAUUGAGUCCCCACCUUCAACGGCAUCGCCAGUGGUUGUCCAAGUGCCACGCCCACCGCCCGCGUCUGUUCCAUGUUGGCGCAGUCCUUGCUGCGCUUUGGCUCGAUGCCAGAUUCAGUCGAAGGGCGGGCUCACCCGACGUGAUCACAACGACGUAGUUACCCGUGCGGGAAAUUCGAAGCUCCCCAGACAUCACGUUCAAAUCCACGGCCGGGUCGUCCCAACCCUGGGAAUUCCACCG